CUACAUAGUGAUAAUUUUAGGUACACAAACUAAAAAGACGUGCAUGCUUUUAACUAUAUGGAAAGUUGUUUAUAUAAUUCACAGUUUUUCUACGUAAAAAUUGUUCGUAGGUCAUUACUAAAGGGAACAAAAUGUUGAAAUAAAAGAUUGAAAACACGACCAGAGGAAGAAAAGUAAAUGAGGACCAAAUUUAACAUGAAUCUUUUUUGUAGGUAAUUUGAUUCGUCCUUUGGGUGUUUUCGUACGCGGCAGUUGGGGAGUUGAUGGAACCUGAGGAAACACAGGUGUGUGUUGGUCCCCCUGUUAAUGACAUAAAAUGGCUGCUGACAGAGUGCGCGAGAGCACUUGACGAAAACAAACUACAUGAUUUUGACAUACUGGUGGAACACACACGUGGGGUUGUGUGCAUCACAGGGGAUCCCAUCCAGCGCCUUGGGGCCUACAUGAUUGAAGGUCUAGUUGCAAGGAAAGAGGCUUCAGGCAGGAACAUUUGUAGGGCACUCAGAUGCCACGAGCCUGCAGGGACGAUGAGGGACUUACUGUCCUACAUGCACGUCUUGUACGAGACAUGGCCCUACCUAAAGUUCGGUUGCAUGGCUGCAAAUGGCGCCAUUGCGCGGGCAUGCAGAGGCGACGACCGCAUUCAUAUAAUAGACUUUCAAGUCGGGCACGGGAGCCAGUGGAUGACACUCCUACAAGCCUUCGCCACGAGGCCGGGCGGGGCCCCCUACGUGCGCAUCACCGGGAUCCAGGAUCCGCUUUCUUCUUACUCGACGCAUGGCGUAGGGGAUCCCAUCCAGCGCCUUGGGGCCUACAUGAUUGAAGGUCUAGUUGCAAGGAAAGAGGCUUCAGGCAGGAACAUUUGUAGGGCACUCAGAUGCCACGAGCCUGCAGGGACGAUGAGGGACUUACUGUCCUACAUGCACGUCUUGUACGAGACAUGGCCCUACCUAAAGUUCGGUUGCAUGGCUGCAAAUGGCGCCAUUGCCCGGGCAUGCAGAGGCGACGACCGCAUUCAUAUAAUAGACUUUCAAGUCGGGCACGGGAGCCAGUGGAUGACACUCCUGCAAGCACUCGCCACGAGGCCAGGUGGGGCCCCCUACGUGCGCAUCACCGGGAUCCAGGAUCCGCUUUCUUCUUACUCGACGCAUGGCGUAGGUUCCGUGGUAGGUGAACGCCUUGCGGCUAUGUCUGAGAGAUUCAACAUCCCAGUCGAGUUUCAUAACGUGCCUGUUUUCGCCUCACUGAUAACGAGAGACAUGCUUGGUAUUCGACCGGGCGAGUGCUUGGCGGUAAACUUCCCUCUACAGCUCCACAAAACCCCUGACGAGAGCGUGGAUGUCACCAACCCGAGAGACAGGCUUCUGAGGAUGGUGAAAUCCCUGUCUCCCAGGGUGGUGACAUUGGUGGAGCAAGAGUCGAACACCAACACGGCGCCCUUCUUCCCCAGGUUCAGAGAAGCCAUGGAUUACUACUCAGCCAUGUUCGAGUCGCUAGACGUGGUCCCGGGUAUGAACACAACUCACACAAGAGAGCGCAUCAUCGUCGAGCAGCACUGCCUGGCAAGAGACUUGGUGAACAUCAUUGCGUGCGAGGGAAAAGAGAGGGAAGAGCGGCACGAGAUGUUUGGGAAAUGGAAAUCGAGGUUCACCAUGGCGGGGUUUAGACAGCUUCCUCUUAGCCCUUAUGUGAAUUCGGUCAUAAAGGACCUCCUCGGGACUUACUCUCAACAUUACACACUUGUUGAAGAAGAUGGAGCGAUGCUAUUGGGAUGGAAGGAGCGAAACCUCAUCUCUACAUCUGCUUGGCACUGAAUCGAAGCAAUAAUAUACUCCCUCCAUCCUCCAUAGAUCUUCCCAAUAGCCCUUUUUCUUUGUCCACAAUAGAUCUUCCCAUUUCAAUUUUUAACAAUUAAAAUACCACAACUACCCCUACUUACUUUAUUUAUUACACCUCACCCACCUCAUUUAAUACACUCCAUCCAUUUUCAUUAAGGGUAUUAUG